UACUGACCGAAAUUACUCCGCGGGGAGCUCACGACAUCAGUCAGCGCUGAACAUUGCACUCAAAGUCCGACUUCAGCGAAAUGGUCGACCCUGUGGUAACUCCUGAAUGGCUCUCAAGUCAAAUAAAAGCUGGCAACAAAGACCUGAGAGUUUUGGAUACAAGCAUAGGACCUUCUGGACCAUCAAUAGAUGAGUUUAAAAGUGAGCAUAUAGAAGGAGCCCAGCUUGUGAACAUAGUGAAGAAUGCUCCCCACACUCAGUAUCUUCCUGUUGGGUUACCAGAUCCCUCCGUAUUUCAAGAUUAUGUCAGAUCUCUCGGCAUUAACGCAUCAAGUCACGUGAUCCUGUACGAAAAUGUUCAGCUUAAUGGAAUGGCAGCAUCUCGGGGAUGGUGGCUGUUUAGAGUUCACGGUAUAACGAAUGUGUCUGUUUUAAACGGGGGACUGGUCAGAUGGAAGAAGGAAGGUUACCCAGUCACAGAUAAGGAGGUCAAGUAUGAGAACGGUGACGUAACGGUCAAGUUCAACAAAAGCCUGGUAAUGCUGUACGAUGACAUCAAACCCGGAGAUGGCCGACAGUUCGUGGACACUCGACACCCCGACAAUUUUGAUGGCAAAGAGAAAGAACCCUCAAAAUUUCAGACUUUCUGCAUGGAUUAUGUGGGACUGAAGUCAGAAGGUCUGACGUUUCAAACCGGGCACAUUCCCGGGGCCGUCAACAUCUUCUACUCGACACUGUACGAGGACGACACCAUCUCCCUCAAAGGGAAGGACCAACUUCUAGGAUUGUUUCAGUCAGUGGGGGUCAAGAUGGACCAACCUAUGACGACAACCUGUUACGUGGGUUUCACAGCCUGUACACUCGCCUUGGCUGCCUCUGUGUGUGGGAAGGAUGACGUCAGCGUCUACUAUGGUUCCUGGACGGAGUACGGACAAAAAGCUUCUUCCGCCGAAGUGGAGAGCAGCAAACUGUGAUCAAAACGUGCCCAGUGACUAUAAUCAUCCAACGUCUUUGGACCUGGAAAUCUGCUUCUGAUUUGUAGCAGUGGCGGAUCCAGGGUGGGGAUGAUCAGGGGUUUCCAGGGGGUUCAGUGAAAAUGACUUAAGAUCAAAUUGAAGAUUUUUUUUGGCGUUGGCGGAGCCAAUGGAGGGGUGUUCGAACCCCCUGAACCCCCUCCUUUCAAAUUCCUGGAUCCGCCCAUGUGUAGUGUUGCAAUCGAAGAAAAUCUGAUGAUGAGCUUCAUGUUUCAACUUAGACAGUUUCCUCUGAUUCUGACUGUUUAACAGUCGUCGUCUUCCCAAAGCAAGUGAGUCAACUAACGGCCAAAAUAGCUCCGAAUUUCGUAGCUCGAUUGUAGCGCCACGGGCGGCUGUUAUUGAUUAUGUCUCUUCUAUGUUUUCCAAUCAGAUUCGAACGUUUUUAUUUGACUAAUAGCAUGAAAAGUUUUGAAAGAGAGAGAGAGAGGAGGGGGGGUGGAGAGAGUCGUCAUGUUGUUUGUGAACUGUAUAUCGAUUUCUUUACCCGAUUUUUUGGUUCGACUAUUCAUUGUCAAGCCCCAAAAUACAUCCUCAAUUCCAAACUACAGUUCGGCAAACUGGACUUUAUGGCUCAAUUAUCUCCUUUGUCUCGGGAAAAUGAAGCGUUACAUUAUGAACAAAGCGUUGAUUUGAAGUCAGCAGUUCUGUAAUUACAUCCAUGACAUAUGUGUUUUUCUGUGCUUUAUACGUAAUUGGUUGUGACUCGUAAACAUUUACUUGUGGUAAAUUUAGAAUCAUACAGUUGACUCUUUCCUUGAUCAUGGAAAUGGUUUUGUCUCUUUAAUGUACAUCAAUGUCAGUUGACGCUAAAGCAUCAGUGUAUGAUAAUCAACUGUUGUUAGGCAUAGUGUGUCUGUGCAUAGACUCAUUGUGAUAGGAGUCCCAGACGAAAUGUGUUUGACGUUGUCAUGGUAAUUUUAUAAAACACAUUUCAAGUACAGACUCCGUUCCGUCGGGCUUUGUUCUUCACACGUGGUUUUGUGUAUGUUACUGAACUUCUGUUACUGAUAGUUCUGUCAAGGGAGACCAGUUAGGUGCUGAAAGCGACUUAUUGUUCGGACACACAUGCUCCUAUUUCCAACCAUGUUCUCUAAAUGCUGCUACAAUGGUCACACAGCAUCCCAGUCAAUACGUGGUAUGUAUUAGUAUCUCUGUUAGACGGUUGAUAGUGUAUUAAGCGAGUAUAUAUACUUCUAAUCGUUACAGUUGUCAUGGUGAUUUGAUGUUUAUGUUGAUGAAAAUAAAAUGAUAUGUAAUAAACCAUGCCCCGUACUAUGCAUGUAAAUUUACGUUUGUGGAUCGAUGCCCGGCAUAUAUUUCGUUUUGUACUUCUUGACUAUUAAAUUAGCAUCUGAUGGAA